UCCAAGUGGAUUUCAGCAGCACCGAUACACACAGAAACACACCGGCGGUCAUUAAUACAGCAGAAGACUUUUACAGCAGUAGGACAAGUUAGGCAGCCCGCAUGAUAGAUCAAGUUUCACUGCCUGUGAAUUGAGGGACAAAGAACAGGGUACGCGAAGGGAGAGAGAGAAAGAGAGAGACAGAAGGAAGAGAGAAUAACCAUACGUACUGGCACAGAGUUGUGAGAGGGAGAACUUUAGAAGUAGAGGGAGAGAAGGCACAAGACGAGGGGAAGGGAGAGACUGUUGAAGGGAGUUCUACUUGCUCCAGAGACUGAAGGACAGUGCAUCCUCUGUACCCUGUGACCUGUGAGUCUGGGCCAGCUGAGAGGAGACUUCAGCACCAUGAGUACUGACACCUGGCUUGCUGAAGAAAGCAAUAUACCAUUAAAUCCUAGACAACAAGUUGAAGUCCGGCCUGGUAAAAAACGAAAGCCCAUGACGGCUCCGAACUCCCAGAAAGAGAAGUCCUCAUCGAGGAAGUGGGUCCUGAUCACUGUGUUGAUGGUACUGGUAACGCUGGGGAUCCUGGUCACAGCUGGCUUCUUCAUCGCGCAGCUGAUCAACAGUAAGUACUUCUUCUGCUCCCGGUCGGUGAAGUUCAUUCCCCUGGACAAAGCGUGUGAUGGGGUGGCGGACUGUUCAGGAGGAGAGGACGAGCUCACCUGUGUGGCCAAGAUGACGGUCAACACUACCUUCUCAGUGCGUCUGGUCUCUGAGCAGAGUGUUCUCCAGAUCUACAGUGCUGGGACAGGAUGGAGGAGUGUGUGUAGUGAGGACUGGACCCAGCAGCACACAGAGAAAGCCUGUCAACAGCUGGGCUACACCUAUAAACCCAUCAGUAGUAGUAUUUCAGUGCGGAACUUGUCCUCGUCCCUGAAGACAGGACCGUUCUCAGGGGUCAGGGUCGCAGCCGAAACCACCCCCAUUUACCAGACUGUCAUUGACCGCCAGGUGUGUAACUCAGAAUCCGUGAUCUCCCUGACCUGCUCCGACUGUGGAGAGCAGGGGCCAUCGGACCGUAUCGUGGGGGGGGUGGAAGCGUCUAUAGAACAGUGGCCAUGGCAGGUGAGCCUGCAACACAACGGACAACACACCUGUGGAGGGUCACUGGUGUCACCACGCUGGGUCGUCACAGCAGCACACUGCUUCUCUGGUAGUAAGGAGCUGAGUCGCUGGCGGGUUGUGUCUGGGAGGACCUACAUGGGCAUCCUGGGAGGCUCGUAUGUAGACAAGAUCAUACUGAACGGAGAUUACAACGCAGCCCUCAAUGACUACGACAUGGCCAUGAUGAGGCUGACCAUACCCAUCACUGUAGGAAACUUUCGUCGGCCCGUGUGUUUGCCCCCUUUGAACCUGGGCCUGAAGGCAGGAGACCAAAUGACGGUGACAGGCUGGGGCCACCUCCAUGAGAAGGGUAAAGUGUCUCCUGUCCUCCAGAAGGCUAUCAUUCCCCUUAUAGACAGUGAUCAGUGCUCCAGUCCCGCUGUCUACGGUGACUCAAUUACUCCCAGAAUGCUUUGCGCUGGUUACCUGGAGGGCAAAGUGGAUGCAUGUCAGGGAGACAGUGGUGGUCCUCUGGUGUACCUGUCAGGACAAUGGCAGCUGGUGGGGGUGGUGAGUUGGGGGAUCGGCUGUGCCAGAGAGGGUCAACCAGGGGUCUACUGUAAUGUGGAUGAAAUGCUCAACUGGAUCCACACUGUCAUGGAGAAAAACCCUUGAAGCCUCAAACCGUGACCAAAAGCCAAUACUCUAUUGGGUUGGGCUAUCAGAAUGGAUUUAAGCGGAUCUACAUGGAGCUCUGUUAGGGGAAUGUAAGAGGAAUCCUCUUCAAAGUGCAAUUCAAAACACCUACAACAAUACAUACCUCAAACAAACACACGCACAUGCCCGCACACUCAGAUAGGCACAAAAGUGAAUAGACGCAAACAUGCGGACACACACAACACUCCUUAUUUACUAUAACAGGUUAUUUACAGUGUGGCUUGUGCCAUUUUAUGUAUCUCUGGGACCACUUACGUGGUAGUGUAACACUGUCGCUGGAGACGACAGUUGGUAUUGGGCUGCGUCCCAAAUGGCACCCUAUUGCCUUUAUAGUGCACUACUUUUGACCAGAACCCUAUGGGUAAAAGUAGUGCACUAUCAAGGGAAUGGGGGGCCGUUUGGGAUGAAGCGUGGGUUUUUCACAUGGCUGAGCACUUUGAGACAGGACUCUCACCAAGUGCCUCUGCUGUCUUUUUGUCAAUGAGGUUGCGAGAAAACAGCCAUACAUGCUGUACUUGACCACGUUUAUAUAUGUAAAGUCGUAAUGUGACCACAUCCUUAUGUGAGUAUUGAAAUGCAUUGCACAAUGUUCAACAUGUUCAUCCAACUUUCCAUGGGUGAAAUGUCUUAAUGAAAAUAUGUAGAUAAAGUAUAUGUGCCAUGCAGUUGAAAUUCGCAUUUUACCUAAUGUUAAAUUAUCCUCAAGUAUGGUGCUGUGACGUCAACCUUUCUUCAUAUUAUAUGUCAAGGGCGGGCCAUUAGUCCCCUCGACUUACCGUACUGUACAUGCCAUCAUGGAUUCACUUUUGCACUUUCAGGUGGUCAGACCUAUUCACUGUGUGCCGACAGAUUUCCAGUGUGUAAUCGGAAUAAUCCUUACUUGCGCCAACAUGCACAUGUACAAGGUUCUGAUUAAUGACGUGUUUUUUAGAAAUUGUGAACAUUUAGUGUUUCUUUGUAUAUCUGUAAAUAUUGUAUACUACGUAGAAAUGGUUGUCUGUGUAAGAUAAAAAUGUGCCUGUAUUGUUGGUAUGUUUGAUAUAGGGAUGCCUAUGUUCAAUAAAUGAUCAGAUUUGGGUUGGGAUGAA